CCCAAGUUAAUAUGAAAGCUAAAGUGGAUGCAGUUACGUUAAAAGUGAAUAUUUUCCUGAUGGUAAAGAUUAUUUAUUCGGUAAUAGAUUAACAAUAGAGAAAGAAAUUCAAUGUAAAAUUAAAUGUGACCUGAAGAAAAAAUGUUAUGGUUAUCUUACUUUUAAUCAAAAACCUACAAGUAAAGUUUGUCAGCUGAUAACAAAGCCUAGCGUUAACAAUAUACCAAACUUUAAGAAGGAAAAUGGUACUCUCUUCCUAAUGAAGGAAUCAUGCCCAAAUUGCAAAUAUAGAAAAGAGAAUAUUGAUAGAAUUAUAAGUAAUGAAGAAAGCGUUAUAAAAAUAUCCUACGGUGAGAGGUUGGCAAAUGAAAAAGAAUUUGAAGAGCAGUGUGAAGGAGAAUGUAAUAAUGAUUUGAAUUGUCACGGACUCUCUAUUUUCCCUUCAAAUAACAUUUGUAUCCUUUUUAAUAAAAACAUCCAAAGAAAUACCGUUUUUAGAGGAGCAUCGGCGAAAAAAACAAAUCGGCAAUGUAUUAAGCAAUACAAUAAAAAAGCAAUUUGUACAAGAUCUGCCACUGGUGUAGGAUUUAAUAUUAUUAUUGUAUAUAUAAAGACUAUUCUCCCUUGGAGUGGUAAUUGUGUUGGAAAAGUGAAAUCUUAUUUGGAAUUUUUUGACAAGAGGUUCUUAACUAUAAUUGGCGAUAAAAAUCCGUCAACCUGUACGGAUAAGGCAUUAGGCUCUAAACCAAGUUACUUUAGCACCUUUCUAUUCGCUAGAAAUGUUAUGAAAAAAGUAGAAAUUUCUAUUGGUCCUUGCUUAAACAAAAAUUAUUACGUAAUCAUGAAAAUUGAUUCAAACACAGAAAAUCCUUAUAAAGAAUGUACUUUAAUGAAUUUCGACAAAAAAAGCAAUAAAUGCUUUUACACUUGUCAACCUAAAGAGAAGAAAACAAUAGAUGUAACAAUUCAAAUCGAUGAUCCUGAGAAGAAAGUUGUAAAUUUUUGCGAUUUAGAGGUCAAAGUAGAUGGCGUAGCAGCUGUUAUUGAAAAUAAAUCAACACUUAAAAACGAUCAAAGAGUAAAAAGGAGUUGA